UACUAGCUGACACUGUGCUAUAGCUUCUAGGAUCAAUAGUCAAAAUCAGAUAAAUAGGUUCGGUUUCCAAUUGUACAUUGCAAACCCCAGUUAUACAUUGUACAUUGCUGAUUUGCACCGUGAUCUUUUAUCAAACGCUCUGGAAAUCUUGUGUGUAAUUCUGUGUCUGUGUAUUUCUUUUAAGUGAAUCCUCUGUCUUUAAGAAGUCCUCAGUUUGUGGAUUUCACUGUUUUACCUUCAAAGUGGUGUUUACGGGAUCUUAUAUUCUAAAGAUCUUAACGACCAUGUAAGGGAUGUUUUGGCCAGCGACCUGACACCUGGUGCAAGCCAUCUCCACAUCUUCACAGUUAGAACCGGUACUUUAAAGGCUCGUGUGAGCUGGUCUAGCCGCUGGCAGAGUGGAGGAGACUCCACGAUACAUGGAAAACGGGAAAGGCUUCCAACCCCUGAAGAGACCCAGACUAGACGGACCAACAACCAUGUCUAUUCGUGGCCCUAUACCAAAUGGCCCGAUGCAUCCACGGCCCCUGAUUGCCUUGCUGGAUGGGCGGGACUGCUCGGUUGAGAUGCCAAUCUUGAAGGACGUCGCUACAGUGGCCUUCUGUGAUGCACAGUCCACAACAGAAAUACAUGAAAAGGUUUUAAACGAGGCAGUGGGGGCUCUCAUGUGGCACUCCAUAACGUUGACCAAAGAGGACUUGGAGAAAUUCAAAAGUCUACGAGUCAUUGUACGCAUAGGGAGUGGAUUCGAUAACGUCGAUGUAAAGGCAGCUGGCGAGUUUGGAAUCGCAGUGUGUAAUGUUCCCGGAUAUGGAGUGGAGGAAGUGGCGGACUCUACAAUAUGUUUGAUAUUAAACUUGUACAGACGCACAUACUGGUUAGCAAACAUGGUUCGCGAGGGCAAAAAAGUGUCUGGGCCGGAAUCGUUACGAGAGGCAGCAGCAGGAUCGGCGAGAAUACGUGGAGAUACGUUGGGAAUAGUUGGACUUGGCCGCGUUGGUCAGGCCGUUGCUCUCAGAGCUAAAGUGUUUGGGUUUAAUGUAAUUUUCUAUGAUCCUUACCUACCUGACGGAGUGGAAAAAUCAUUAGGCAUUACACGGGUAUACACACUUCAAGACCUUUUGUUUCAAAGUGACUGUGUGUCACUACAUUGCAACUUGAACGAACAUAAUCAUCAUCUUAUCAAUGACUACACCAUCAAACAAAUGAGACCAGGUAAUAACAGUGCGUUCCUGGUAAACACAGCGCGAGGAGGUCUGGUCGAUGAGCAUGCAUUGGCCGCAGCGCUUAAAGACGGUCGCGUUAGAGCAGCUGCACUAGAUGUCCACGAGAACGAACCUUUCGUAUUGUCACAGAGUCCGUUGAAGGAUUGCCCGAACCUGGUGUGCACACCUCAUUCCUCCUUUUACAGCGAACAGAGCCUUACUGAGUUACGCGAGAUGGCUGCGGGCGAGAUCCGACGGGCCGUCGUGGGCCGAAUACCCGACAGUCUGAGAAAUUGUGUCAAUAAAGAGUAUUUUAGCACUGGCAAACCAGCCCCUGGUGGUAUGCGCUAUGCGUUUCCCGGCUACCCAGAAAGUAUGAACGGUGGCGGGUAUCCGUUCCCGAACCCUGCAGCCACGGUUGGAGCAAUGGGUGGUGUGCACUCUACGACCCCACACGAUCACCCCCCUCCCGUCUCACACGGGGCACACCCGCCCACACCACACUCCACUGAAACCGGCAACCACAUGUCGAAACCGGAAAGUUCCGAAGUUCAUUAAUCGUACGAGGGUCAUUAAAUCACAUUAAUUCAUACUCCGCCUAUUCGUGUCUCACUUGACUCACGAUUUAUCAACUAUCAAAUCACAUGUGUCGUCAUCUUCAUACAGACAAAAAUGGGCCUGUAAUGGUCAUUGUGACAUUAAUGACUAUGACAUUACACACGGCCAUUGAGAAAUGGAGAAUAUGGAGGAUUCUUGCUGAUUAUUUCUGUAUUAUGGAAUACAACUUGCUCUUAACUUGGAGUAGGACAUAGAAAGACUGAAGUUUACUUCUGAAAUACACAUCUUAGUUUGCUGUUAGGUAAAUUGAUGAUUUCUGAUCUGUAUAAAGUGAGUUUUGUACUAUUUUGUGUUUGCAUUGAAUUUUGUUUCUUUAGAUUUGUUUACGAAGUAGCACUAUAUUUUUCUUAAUCUUGAAGCUGAAAGUCAAUGCAAUGUAGUUAUGUCUGUUAAAAUGUCACUGUACAAAAAGAAAAUUGUGGACAGUUACGUGUGUUUUGGGAGGAAAUGCGCGUUGUGUAACUGUUUCCAAUAUGAAACCUGUAUAAAGUGAGUGACGAGACUGUUCUGUACUUACAUAUGCAUUUUUUUGUGCCUGUACGUAAGUGAAUCUGGUUUUUCCCCAUGUAACAGGAAAAUGACAGCUUAAAUCAGAUUUUAACCACCUUUUUGGUUUUUUACUUCGCACCUUCUCUUUCAUUUAACAAUUAUUUUUUUCAUAAAGAUCUCAGUUUUGUAUUUUGCUGUCAAAAUUUACCGGUCAUAAAAUUUCUCCAUCAAACAAAUCCAUUACCUCCCUUGGAUGUUUGAGUUUGCCGUAGAGUUAAAAUGCAAGGGACCAGGUGACUUCUUUAAAGCAGUCGAUCAAAGAAUCUAUCAAUGAACGGAAAAUGAGUUUGGGAAAUUUCAUAGAGAUUUUAGUGUAUUUAGUGGUCCACACGCUGAAUUGUAACAGAUCUCAUUUUGUUGACUAAGGUUUUUAUUGUCGAGAAAUUACAGUAGACAACUCUUGUUCUGUAGAAGUGUAAGGUAAUAAAUGUAAAAUUAAUGUCUUCAUUGCUUUCUAAAAUCUGAUUUGAGUAGAAACUGAAGAUAUUUGUCUUCUAUGAGUGUAUAAUAUGCAUACUUAUAUUUUUGGUAUAAUAUUCAAGGUCUGAAUGUUGAAAAACAACAGUGGAGUCUUGAAAUGUUAAUAUGUCGCAAUGGUUGACUCGGUAUUUUGGAGUUCAAAUUAACACAGGUUUAACUCUGUCUUAAUAAAGCGGUAGUUAUGACAGUCUAGGAACGAGCCCACGACUUAGCAAUUGAUGCCCACUUUCACUUCAAAAUCAAAACACGUGUCUAUUGAUCUUGUAUAUACUUCCAUUUUUAUUCAUGUUGAUCAUGUUCUUUUUGUCAUCGUCAUAGUAACAUUUUUUUGUCAGACUUUUUUCUACUUUGUGCAGAUAUGGAACCUAUAAGACUGCAAUUGUGUGAUGGUAGUGUAACUAGCCAACUGUUGACUGCAAGGCUGCAGUCACUUCCUGUGGACUUUUGGCCUGUCCUAUAAAUGAUAGUAUAGCGUAUAAACUUUCAUUCAUUUUUCUGCUUAUUAAAUGUUUAUUAAAUUACAAGGUGGAUCAUGUAUUGUUUCUUCAAAUAAAAUAUUUUUAUUACAUUAAACUUGAAGGACAAAUAUUGAGAACAUCAUUAUUUGGGUCUUGAAUAUAUACAAAGUUUAAGUUGAAGUUAUAUUGUAAGAGUUUUGUGUCAUUUCUAAAUGGCCCUAAUUUAUUAAUAGUUGAUUGAAAGAGCAUAUGUUAUAAUAGCAUUUAUUGUGCGGGUCGUUCCUCACUGCGCAUUAUUCACUUUUGUUAAAUGAUUAUCUUAGUAGGUGUUAAAACAUGAAUAGUGCUGUGAAAAUGUUGCCAUUAUAAUGUAUGUUGUAUGAUGCCAUUUGUGUUUGUACCAUGGAGUAGCAGAUAUCUUUUGUGUUAAAUUGUUACAAAUGUGAAGAUGAUUUUCAUUGUAAUGAGGCCACUGGUUUGAGGUACUGUGUCACAAUGUCAUGGCUUCAAAUAUACCGGUAAGCUGAAAUUACUGGAUACGAGUAGGAUUAUUGUUGCUAGAAAUGUAAAUCCUGCUUUGAAUUAUUAAUAGGGACUACCUUUUUAUGAAAGAAAUGAAGGUAAACUGGAUUCCAUUCAGAUUCAGUACUAACAAACCAAACUAUAUUAAAACGAUAAUCAGCCAGUAACUGUAGACUUACCUGGCAUUGUGACCAAGCCCUCACAGUAAACUUACCAAUAUGUGAAACAAAUGUGUCAGUUUCAUAAUUCAUUAUACAUGUAAAUGAGGAGCAAUUCUAUAAUUGGUCUAAAGAUGUCCUCACCAUGUUGAUGGGGUGCCUGAUAUACUGUAGUAAGUCCUACAUUAUAUUCAGUUAGGUACUGUAGUCUUACAGGCAUUCGUUGAUGUGAAGAAUAACAAUUAUUCAAUGUUUGGAAGUGUUGUAUACAUGCAUUGUUGAAUGAUGUGGUGCUAUCUAUGUUUUAUUUUGUACUUCACCCUUUCAGAGCUAAUAGAACUUUUCAUCAUAUAAACUUGAGAAGCUGUUAUGGUCUAAUAGCUCUGGAGGGGGGAGUUUGUCACUUUAGGCAGCAGAACUGAAGUUACUACCCAUUUUGGUUGAUGCUAUGGUCAGUAACUUGUAUUUCAUAAAGAAAAUCACAUGUUUGAAACAUAACUUUGAAGACUCUGUGUAUAAUGCCAACAUGUUUUAAGAUAAGGCUUUGUAAUCUGUGCUGAUAUGAUAACAAUAUGGAAUGUUUGGACUGUUUUCAUAUUUGUACAUUUCUUGUCUGAGCCAUUUCUUUCAUAUGAUUGUAGCUUUAAAACUAGUACUAAGGAAGAUUUUCCUGAUGUCUGUUUAUUAACCAAAAACAUGAAUAAUAGUAAGAAUUUGUGGCCUUGAGUUUCAGAUAUGUCAUUAUGCACUAAACUGACUGUAAAUUGAUGCCAAGAUGGGUGUGGGCUCCAGUCACUUUAAGCGCCACUGUAAGCCGUUAAAACUUUCAUUAUCACUUAUUGGAGAACUAUGGGAAGGUUGGAUCUAAUAUUGUAGACUUAAACUGGGGUGACGAAGUGCAUUUUCUUAUCAGCAUGAAACAAGUCUUUUCUCAUGAAAAAUAAGCUCGCAAGAAGAUAAAACAACUGUAAACUACUAACAGGAGAACAAGUGAUAUUGACAUCUGCAAAAUGUGUUGUACAAGGAGAAAUGUUUUAUGACUUAUUUAGAACUUUUAUGCACAUGUCCAUUUGGUGAAUUUAUUAUUUGAAUAUUAGGUUAGUUGCAGAAAUUAAGAUGUUAGUUAAGAUAUAUGAAAGUGUGCGGUUUUGAUAAGCUUGAGUCUGUGUGUUUGUUUUGUUUCUAUGGUAACCAUGUUCUAUGUGCACAAAUUUCUUCCUUUCUGUCGACUAAUAGCAUUAUAUUGUUUUUCUGAACUUGUGUAUCAAAAAAACAUUUAACACUAAUUUCACUGAACUUAUAAUUACUGUGAUUUAAAUUUUGCUUACGUUUUGAGCCAAAAAUAUUUUCUAAACAUUUUCUGAAGUCGACAGUUAGGUUGUUUGAACUGCCCAUCUUUAGUACGAGACCAAUAUAUUAGUUGUCAUCAUAUCACGUGUCAAAUCUCAACUGCAUUGGAGUUAUUCAAUAAACAUUUGUACAAAGUA